GGAUUACCUUUGGCGUAGCUCAAGGAAAUCGUUAUCGUUUGAACUUUGAAGAAGUAGAAAGGCGCCAAAGGUAUAAAUAUGCUUUAUGCAUCGGAUUAGUGCUACGUUUAUUGCUCCAACUUUUUUACCUUGCAGUGCUACGUGUAGUGUCAUCUCUCCUUAACCUAGUCUUGGGAGUCAAGGAUUUAUAUGAAAUGAAGUUGGCCUACAGCCAUUACUUUGGACUUUUGUCGCGAAUGAGCGCAAUGACAUCAAUGUCAAAUGAUGAAGAGAGGAAGACUGGUUGCGUUUAUACAGCCAUCUUCCGUGCUAUCAAGGAAGGGCAUUUUGAGUUUGUUUAUAAAAUAGUGAGAGAAAAUCCAGAUCUCUUGUGGUGCAAUGAUGACGAAGGCAGAACCAUAUUUCCGAGUGCAGUCCUGUACCGUCAGGCUAAAAUCUUUAGUCUUAUAUACGCGCUUCAUUUGAAGCUCCCGAGGGUGUACUCUGAAGAUAACUCCAAGAACAAUAUAUUACAUAUGGCAGGGAUAUUGUCAGAAGCUUCUACCCACCUUAAUCGCAUCCCAGGUGCAGCAUUGCAGAUGCAACGGGAACUACAAUGGUUUAAGGAGGUGGAGAGUAUUGUUAAUCCCAAGCUUAAGGAAGCUUUAAACAAAGAUGGUUUGACUCCUAGAGAAUUGUUUACCCACGAGCACAAGGACAUGAGGAAAGCGGGAGAGCAACAAAUGAAGGAUACAACAAAUUCUUGUACAGUGGUAGGCGCUCUCAUUGUCACCAUUAUGUUUGCUGCAGCCUUUACCGUUCCAGGUGGCAACGACCAAGCCACAAGCUUGCCAAUGUUCCUAAAUGAAAAAUUGUUUAAGCUCUUCAUAGUAUCUGAUUCCCUAUCGCUCUUUUCCUCAACAACUUCAAUAUUGAUGUUCCUAGCGAUCCUAACAUCGAGUUAUGCAGAAGAAGAUUUUCUCAAAGUCUUGCCCAGAAAGAUGAUUAUCGGACUUUUCACUCUUAUCUUUUCUAUUGCAUUCAUGAUGAUAGCCUUUUGUGCUGCUCUUUUGCUUAUGUUACGUGGACAAACAUGGUUUGUCAAUCCGAUCAUUUUUUUGGCAAGUGUCCCAGUCACCUUGUUUGUAUCGAUGCAGUUCCAUCCUCUAAUAGGCAUGAUCAGUUCAACUUAUGGAUCAAGCAUCUUUGAUAGGAAAAUGGAGCGCUGGUUUUAACUAAGUCAUUGUGCUAGUGUGCUAGUAUGUUGUUUUGUAUUCCAUUAAUAAUUAGAUUACCAGCCAAAAUAGACAUUUUUAU